AUGCGGGAUUGUUUUUCCUCAGGUAAGUCCCUAACAGCAAUAUCAAAGCCCAGAUUAGGUAUUUUGGUGGGUGAUUUAGCCCAAAUUAUUUCGGUUAAUCUGAAUAUUCGUCUCUCCAGAACUAUCAGAGACUUUGCUGCUACAUGUACAAAUCCAGAAAGGAAUGACCCUCGAUCGACAAGUUUGAAUCAUCUUUUUCAGCUGUUUGUAAAUGCUAUUAAGGUCUUCUUUGAUGGAUCAGUAUCUACAUCUAACAACUAUGCUGGAGCUGGUGUUCUCAUUCAGGCCCCAGAUGGAAAAUUCCUGCAUGGCUUAGCACGUCAAUUUCCUGAUGUACUUGAUUCUGAUCUUGCAGAAGUUCUUGCUCUUCGCCAGGCUUUGUUACUAUGCAGGAAAUUUGUGGUUGUACAAGGGGAUUCUGCACUCAUCAUUCUAGCUGCUAACAAAGAUUCAGAUGGUCCAUCAUCUUGCUCACCUAUCCUGGAUGAUGUGAUUUAUCUAUGUCAAGACCUUCCAAUUCGCAAGUUAUCAUGGAUUCGACGUGAUGAAAACAUGAUAACUCAUGCUUUUGCUAAAUUUGCCAAAUUUUUUAAUGUCAUUGAAACGAUUUGGAAUGAUCAACCAAAUUUUGGAUUGAUGGCUCAGUUACUUAGGUACAGUACAGAUUUGGGCAUGUUGACUAAUUUGAAUGUUCGAUGUGAAGGUUGGGGGUCAUAUUGUAAGGUGAUGUCAGCUGUAGAGAUCAGAAUCAGGGAUUUAGGGUUCAAAUUGAGAAGGAAGAGAAAGAAUGGAGCAAGAAAUUGGGCACGAAAAUUCUAUUUAUGCAAAACUAUCAAAAUCAUACAGAAUGUUGCUAAUGCAGUUCAAAUAGAUACACCUGUUUUUUAUUCUGAAAACCAACACCAUGCUAAAAACCCAAUUGUUGGAAAUCAAACCCCCCAUAAUGUUGAUCAGACAGUUCCAACAGUUGCUGCACAAAGGUACAUUGCUGACAUCAAUGGCUUGGUACCAACCAAAACUAUCCAUUUCCACAUAGUUGUUCGUGUUAUGACCAUCUGGAAAAUGAUAGAGAAUAAAAUCAAGAAUGUCAAAUCGAUUGAGUUGGCAUUGAUUGAUGCUCAGGGAUCCAAGAUUCAGGCGACUAUACCUGCGAGGAUAAUGAAAGAUUUCCAGAAGUAUUUCCUUCAAGAGGGUUGUGCCAGGAGGAUCUCAUGUUUUGAUCAUUAUCUGAAUAUAAGUGGGGGAUACCGUUGCUCAAAACACAAAUACAAAAUUGUAUUCCGACCUGACACAUUGGUUCAAUCUGUUGGUUACCAUGACAUCCCUAAUCAUGUAUUUGAAUUUACCCCUUUUGCAGAAAUUACCAAUUUCGUUGCAAAUUUUGACUUCUGUUUUGAUUUGUUAGGACACAUAAUUGGUUACAGUGAUCCAAUUAUUGAUAAUGGUAAGAAGAGGAUUACGGUUGAAUUGGAAGAUGAAAGGGCCGAUAGGUUAAAGGUCACAUUAUGGGAUGAGCACGCAGACAAGGUUUAUAACAUGAUGACUAAUAAUCCUGAUUACCCUGUUGUCCUGAUUGUUCAGGAAGAACCUAUAAUAAUUAGCUUUGGCGAUUGUUUUGCUCUCAAAGGAUAUAGUGAAGAGGAAGGUUAA